AUACUAACGGAUCUUCCGUUACAAAUACUUUGCGCCUCAUCUUUCUUGUUUAUAUUAUAUUAUAUGACAGGGCAGCCAAUGGAAUAUAUUAGAAUUCUACAGAUGUGGAGCGUUUGCCUGUUAAUUACAAUUAUUGGACAAACGGCCGGGAUGCUUUCAGGCGCAGCUCUUGGCACUAAGUUAGGUUUCUUAUUAAUAACGGCAGUCAGUAUACCAUUAGUGGUGUUCGCCGGAUAUUACUUGAAAUUUAGAGAAAUGUCGGUAUACCUACGGCCUUUAAGCGCUACGAGCUUUUACAGACACACAUUCGAAGGAAUGAUGCAGGCGGUUUAUCUUAAUCGAUCGGAUCUGUCGUGCUCGGAAAUCUACUGUUACCUUCGUUCGCCAAACAAGAUUCUCUCGAUGAUGGAUAUGCCAACAGUACCAUUUUACGUUAUUCUGAUAGUACUUAGCUCUUGGAUACUCUGUUUACACAUAAUCACCUAUGCACUACUUCGUUGGAAAGUUUAUUAUGCAAGAAAGUAAUUAAAUACUUAGAGAAUACUUAUCUCAAGCAAGAAAGUAUUCUCCAAGUAUGUCCCAAACAAAAAAUUAAUGAUUUAGCAUAUUUUCUUUGUAACAGUAAGUAGAAUGUUAAGAGAGACAAUAGGAUCAGAAAUGUAAAAAUUGUAUAAAUUUUUCGUACUUAAAUGUAUAACACGCUCAAUAAUAACAAUGUAAUAAGAUUUAUUUUCUUAUAACUGAUUAUGGUGAU